CACCCGAAGCGUUCUACGAAACUUUCUUCGAAACGCAUUUUCUUCUCUCUUUCAACAUAACACAACAAACCAAAAGCUCCUCUCUUCACUGCGAUCAGAUCGCUCAAAAUUUUGGAACCCUAAAUUUGCUGCAUUUUGGUUUCUCAAUUUUGUCGAAACCCUAGAAGCCACUUUGCGUGCAAAUCAAUAAUCUCCGUCUUCCUUUUGCUUUGAUCAUCAAUCUCCUUCCAGUAGCAAACGCUGUGAGAUUAGAGGUUAAUAUUAACCCUAAACACCACACCAUGGCCAUGGCUGGUAACCACUCAGCUGUCUCACCGUGGAAUCAGGUUGUCCGCGGUGGCGAGUCCGAGUCUGUACUGGCAGCUCCAUCUUCUGCGAUGGAAUCGGCGGUGGCCGUUGAAUCUUCGCUCCCUUCUGGUUCCACCGCCGUGUCAACUUCUCUGUCGGUAGAAGAUUCCUGCUCCACCGCUGAGAGCUCCAAAAACGGUGGGAACAAGGGCCGAGCUGCGAAGAAGCCUGCCUGGAACAAGCCAUCAUCCAAUGGCGGAGCUUCGGAAGUUAAGCUGGUAAUGGACGCAGUCUCUUGGCCUGCACUGUCCGAGUCUACCAGGGUUGCUAUUAAAUCAGAAUCAUCAUCAAAGGGUUUGUUGGAUGGAUCAUCCUCUGUUCUUCAAUCGCAGGGUAUGGGAAGCUCUUCCUCUUCACAAAGACAAGUGAAUGAUAAUGCAAGUGCAAACCAUAUGGUGCCAUCUCCAAAUCGCCAGAAGCCAUUCAAACAUAACAGUCCAAAUGUGUUUUCUAAUGGUGGUCACCCACAGCCGCCUGCUUCCCAAGCUUUGACAGCAACAACUGGGUCCCAUUAUCAACCUCCAAUCGAACAUGCACAAAGAAGUGCAUUUGUGUCUAAUGAUCGUCCACAGCAGCGUAAUUCAUUUAGAAAUCGGAACAGUGGUUCACAUCAGCGUGGAGAUGGGUCUAACCAUCAUAAUUAUGGGAACAGACGGGAUCAGGACUGGAAUACUCAACGGAAUUUCAAUGGUAGAGACCCCCAUAUGCCACCACGAGUUGGUCCUAGAUUUCCAAGACCUCCACCUCCACCUCCACCUCAUAAUGCUGCUCAAUUUAUUCACACAGCACCAGUUAGGGCAUUUGGUGGUCCUAUUGGUUUCCAUGGUAAGUACGCUGUAUUAGAGAUUAUUUCUUUCAGGAUAUGCAUAUUCUGUGACGACUGUAUUCGUUUUCAGAUGUAGUUCCUCCAAUAGUAUAUCUCCAACAACCACCUUCACAUCCAAAUUUACUAAGAGGGGUUCAUUAUGGUCCUCCAAUGCCUCCUCAGACAUUGUUCUACACAGGUCCAGACCCUCAGUUGCAUACUAGGAUAGUCACUCAGAUUAAUUACUA